AUCCGAUGGGGAGCGCAGGGGUUCCAUAAUUCCACGGCGGGGCAUCGCUAGCCUCCCGGUUCGCAAACCGACGCGGAGCCCUGCCGUCUUCUUCUGCAUUAUGGUGUCGGCUUUCUUGAGGCGCAGUUGAUGCUGUCGGUAGCGCGCCCAAAUUAUGGUUCGGUUGGUUCUUUUCCUUCGAUAAAAUUCGAAUUCUUUGAUGUAUUUAUCGGUUUAAUUGAUAUCAAGAUUGCUUAUUGAGGUACUUAAUUUUCAAUUCCCCCUCUUGUCACAGCAGAUUUGUGGGGGCAUUUGUAUUGAUCAGUGUUUGUGAAUGAUUUGUUCUCCUAAUGGCUUAAAUGGGUUGGAUUAAUUAGGUAAAUUCCUGCUUUAGAAAUCAGUAGUAGUAGAAGUAGUUAUUGUCUAUUCGUGAAGUGUUCUGAUACGAUUUGAAUCUUAUCUGUUAGUAGCAGUAAUAGUUGUCUGUUCACGAGUACUGUUUUCUUAGUUGCCAAAGUUUUAUAGCGUAAAAAAGAAGCCUUCCUCCAAGAAAAUUACUGCUCAGAUGGAUUUCACAGAUCAAAUCUUUAUUAUGCAUCACAUAUGGUUGAUUGAUGAGUCAUAAACAUACUCAGGACUGAUGAUAUUGUUUGAUGCAUUGUACGUCUUGAUUUGAGUUUAUUGGACAUGUUAGAAGAGGAAAACAAUCUGAUUCAUGAGAUUAGAAUUACAUCAUGGACUCAUAGUCCACCUUGCUGUCAUUGUUCUUUUAGAUUAAUUGAUGCCUAUCCAAAGCAUGAUCGAAACUGAUUAAUCAUUCUAGCUGGUUAAGUUAUGCAUCCGAUUGCAUGACCAAGGAUUGUCACCAAGUAAGCUCUACUGUCCCUUUGGCUUAUAUUUUUUUUGCUGUGAACCAAUUCACACUCCACUAUAUUAAGUGAGGAAUACGGUGGUAAUAGAAUCUAGUUAGUAUCUUGAUCAAUAAUAUGACAUAUGCCAGCAUAUUUAACUUGCCCUUCAUUUUGCAGUCAGGUUAUCUCCUUGUCAUCUCUAAUUGCACAGUCUUGUACAUACAUUUGGUGCCUGCAUCUAAGCAAUCUGAUGCCAUAACAAAACUUUACGGGUUAGAAAUAACUGCCUUAUGUAAAAUCAGAAUGGUAGUGGUUAGUGUUAUUGCUUUCCCUCUAAGGAAUGUACACGUAAUGACACCACAAACUUCUGUGCUCGGUAGCAUAGCUGGAGAUGAUGAAUUAUACUUGUCUGCAUUUCUUGGAAUUAUUGUCUUCUUUUUUGGGGGGAAAGAAUAAUAUCAAUAUGUUUUGUUCUUCAUUCUAUAAUUGCAUGCAUUAGACUAGUUUCAUGUGGAAAUUGACUCGAUCUUGAUUGAUAAACAAAAUUUCACAUUCAAUGUUGCAAUUUGUGCCCUCGAAGCACCGGCAACCAUCUGAGGUGAUGGUUGGUGAGGUUGGGCACAUGCAUCUAUCUUAUGCUUCAUUCAGAAUGCCUUCUUGGAGAGUAUGAUCUGCAGCUCCACAAGUCAUUCAAUCCUACCUACUAAGAUACCACAAUGCUAUGCAUCUUUUAUUUUAACAGCUUAAUCUUCUGAUAUUUGAGGUUCCUCUGUGUUAUUUUUUGAAGUCACUGACAUCGGGUAUAUUUCUUCCAUGAAAAUGAUGCAUUUUAGGUGUGUUCUUGAACAUUGAUCUUUCCAUGUAUUGGUCCUUUUUGUUAUUUGUAUAAAAAUCACUCAUAUUUGUUGUUUGUUUUUUAAUCCUUAGUUUAGUGUGUACUAAUCCUUCCGUCUAUUCAUAUUUACUUGAAAUUACUUGUACAUCCAUCAUUUUAUAUUCAUGUGGGAGAAUGAUAUAAUUCCAAAUGGUUCUACAUUUUUAUCCUCGUCCAGUUAUCUUUCAUUUAUGUAAUCAUUCAUCUCCCGAAACCUCAAUAAACCUCCAAAUGAAAGUUUUAAAGGCAACAAAAAUUUCUCUUUUGAAAUCACAUCCCAAAGGACAUAAAGCUUAAAAGAAAUGAUGUUAAUUAUUCUCAUAUUAAAAAAAAAAAAAAAAAGUCAAGGACUGUAUGAUCUCCUGCAGUUUAUACAUCAGUCUAGAUUUGGAAACUUUGUAAGAUCAGCACUAGAUUUCUUGUAAAAUCUUAGGAAAUAAGGUCUGGAGGAAGAAUGAAGAAAUUUUGUCAAGGUUUCUAUGGAGUACAUGGAUUCUUAGAUCUUAGUGAGAUUUGGCACCUGCUUAAGUAAGAAUUGCAUAGAGUUAAAUCAAGAAACUAUCAUUCUUUGUGAAAAUUGUGUACAUUGACCCUUUUCAGGUUCUGUAUUUAUGGAUGCUCAUGCAUUAGACAGUCCUUUUCUAUCUUCUCAUAUUUUUGUGGGAAUUAUGGAGAGUGAAACUCCAAAUAUAAGAGCCAACUAAAGCUAAGCAGUCUCUUCACUGAGAGAGAUGUAAGAAAUUAGGGAAUUCAGACCUUUAGAGUCUUCCAGAGAGCCAUCGUGCAUUUUAGAAUCAGAAAUCUGGAAACCCACAUUAUGUAGGAUCAACCAAUAUAUAUUUCCUGAGUUCCAUGACAUUGUAUCUGAUGUGCUACUCAACAUGCUUGUUCGCUGAUCUGUGGUGCGUGGUAGCCUCGACGCAAUGCUUACGCAUGUUCUUAUGAGGCAUUAGGUGAGAUCCCUCCUUUCACUACGUGGGGGAUGACGACAUUGGUGAUGAAAUGUUGAAGUAAGAUCGCGAUCGAGAGCUUCUCCUGUAGAAUGGAGGAGUUUGAGGCUUCGAAGUCCUUCAGGUUAGCAUAUCGGCAGCCGUCACUGUCACACCAGAGCAGAGGCAACACCGGUCAGAUUGUUGCAGUUGCCGGGCUGCUUUCAAUGGGGAUGGCUUGUAUGCAUGGAGAGGAAGGUGGCAGGCGCUUUAAAUGCAAGAUGUGUGGUGGAUGGGGGAGGGUAGUUCCGGAGCUUUUGACGAGGGAAUGGGGCGACGGCCGUGCUGCGACAAGCUCGGAGUGAAGAAGGGCCCGUGGUCGGCGGAGGAGGACAACAAGCUCAUCAACUUUAUCCUCGCCAACGGCCAUUGCUGCUGGCGCGCGGUCCCCAAGCUCGCGGGGCUGCUGCGGUGCGGCAAGAGCUGCCGGCUCCGGUGGACGAACUACCUGCGGCCGGACCUUAAGAGGGGGCUGCUCAGCGAGGCGGAGGAGCGGCUGGUCAUCGACUUCCAUGCCCGCUUGGGGAACAGGUGGUCUAAGAUCGCUGCAAUGUUACCGGGAAGAACAGACAACGAGAUCAAGAACCUGUGGAACACUCACAUCAAGAAGAAGCUUCUCAAGAUGGGCAUCGAUCCCGUCACUCAUCGUCCGCUCCAUCGGCAGGCGAGCCCCGAGGCCUCGCCGUCCACCGUGACCACGGACAAGUCCGACGACCAGUUACAGUCACAAGGAAACGAAGGCCAAAUACCGUCCUCGGACAACAGGAGCCCAGCGGAAGCAAGCUCCAUCGAUGGCGGCACGGACCCUUUGAUGAGCUGCCUGUGGGAAGACAGCACGCCGGUGCUUUUGGAUGAACUGUGGCAGCUCUCGAGUGACGACGAUGGCAACAACUACGGCAGCGUCAUUGCCGGACGAAUGCCGUGGGAGGAAGAAGGAAGCUCCGAGUGGCUGCUGGACAUCCAGGACUUGGAGAAUUUGGAUGGAGAGAGAUCCAUCAGCGCACAAGGCUACCCGAGAAGGUAGACGACGAAGCACAACAAGUGUACUGUCACAACUGUGGAUUACCUAUCGAUCCGUAGUAAGCUUGGUUGGGGAAGCAAGGAUGGAUUCCUCGAUUCCUGCAAAGUAGAAGCUGGAUCUCCAUGAAGCCUUCCUUCACCCUAUGUUUCUUCUUUUCUUCCCUCUUUACGUGCAAGAAGAAUCAUGUACAUAAAAUCGUGACUCUUUUGUUAAUAAUUUGAUUAAUGAAUAAAUACAUAUGUGGCUAAUUAUAUGUGCA